UGGUCUGUGCCUUGGCCUCUUCCAAUUUCCAAAGUAUUUUAAGGCAUUUCCAAAGGAUACAUUUUGUAUUAUAUCAACUCAAAUGUUGGGUUUGAAGCACUAAUCUAUAUAACAUUUUAAUACAAUUAGUUUGUGUCGAUAAGAUUAAAUUAAAAAAUAAGAUAAUAAUAUUAUUAUCGUAAACCUUGUGUGUUCGUUGAAGUUAGUUCAUAAUGAUGCAGAGUACUUACAAAAUUUUAAACAACGUUCAAACCCAAUUGUUUACAUGGGGUCAUCCGUUUGAUUGCAAUGGAUCAGAUGUCAUAAUUUGUAUCACUGGGAAUCCGGGCUUUCCAGAUUUUUAUAUAGAGUUUGGCAAGGAACUACAUAAAUCCACAAACCUUCCUGUGUGUAUUGUUGGUCAAGCAGGACACGUAGAGGUCCCAGAUAGCGAGUCCAAUAACCUUGAUGGAAAUAAAGAGCUAUUUAAUCUCCAAGGUCAACUGGCACACAAACUUGACCUUAUGAUCAACUAUGUUGAUAAGAAGAGCAAAAUACACUUGGUUGGGCAUUCUAUAGGAGCCUGGCUCAUUCUAGAAUUAUUAAACAUCAAUGAAUCUAUCUCUAAGAAAGUUUCUUCAAUAAAUUUAUUGUUCCCUACUUUACAAAAAAUGGCUGAAAGUAGAAAUGGUAAAUUUUUGAACAAAGUUCUGCGGAGAAUUAAUAUUUUUUUAGUAAUGAUGUUCAGCCUAGUUUCAUUAUUACCUCUGUGGCUUCGUUUGUAUGUAAUCGGAUUAUAUUUAAAGUUUAAUUCUCUGCCACCUCAUUAUGCUGAUAGGAUAUUGAAAUAUUUGAAUCCUAAAGUAGGGGAGAAAGUGUUAUUUUUGGCUUAUGAUGAAAUGGACACAGUUACUGUGCUUAACACAGUAGCAUUGGAUAAAGUAAAGAAUUUAACUAAUGUAAUCUACAGCAACAAAGAUGGGUGGGCACCAGUUCAUUACAUGGAUGACCUGAGAAUUUUCCAGCCCCAUCUACAAAUGAAAGAAGUAGACAUUGAACAUGCUUUUGUUUUAAAAUCUUCUGAACAAGUUGCUGAAAUGGUGUCAAACUUCAUAAAAGUAAAACAAAAUUGAUUAGACCAGGUUUUUUGGUUUCCUACUUGAGAUAGAAUGCCGCUUCAUCAAACAUUAAUUGCUCGAAAACGGCUCGACUGUCCAUUUGACCAAAGAAUCGUGAGCUUUAAGGUUUGCCACAUCGAUGCAUCGAAAUCUCGAAAGAACAUCCUCUAAUCAUCAUCCUCAUUUCUCGAAAAUUUUAGUUACCUAUAUUUUAUGUCGUAUUUUCAUUGACUUACAAAUAAAUGUAAGUCAAUGCGUAUUUUGUAUUUUUAUCUCAUUUCAAGGUGUGAACAAGAGGCUGUCUCCUUUUUC